AUGUCAAAUUCAAAUUUAUUAGUUAAUUCCAUUAGUGAACCAACAAGACUUUUUUCGAAUCAUUCAACAAGUUCUUAUUCACUCUAUUCAAAUUAUCUAAGACCAUCGCCAUCAAUUCAAAUGAAUUAUCAAGUCUAUAGUUCUCAUAUUCUAACUCCAAAUACAAUAGGUUUAUUUAUUCAAACUAAAAUUGCUAUUGAAGAUGAAUCAAUUCAUGUUGAAAUUAUUCAAAGUUUAUCUAUUUAUGUAAUUGAUGGUGAUAGUAAAGGUGUAUCGAAUGAUUUAUUUUCAAGUAAUAAUCAAGAUGAUAUUGUUCAACUUCAUGGAUAUAUUUCAGAUCAUGAUAUAUCAUUAAUUAAUUUGAGAUAUGUAUGCAAAUGGACUUAAAAUAACUUUAUCAUUUUGUGUGUGUUGAUUCUGUUAUUGGUGCUUAAUAAAUAUUUAAAAAAAAGCAAAGUACAGAUGCAAUUGAAUUUAAAUUAGAAAAGAAAUUUGAAUUGAGAAUAAAGAUGUUCGUUUAUUAUUUCUGAACUAUGUCGUCUAACUUAUUCGUAAUUAUGAUGAAUAAUCUCUCAGUAUGCAUAUUUAGUAUUCUUGUACCAUAUUAUGAACGUUUAUCAUCUGAAUAUGAUCGAGAAAGUUCUUUCGAAUCCAUAUAGUAAUCGUAUCAUUUAUCAAUAAUAAAUCUUCUUCAUUAUCUUGAAAGUCAUUUAAUUUGUUUACAAGGAUUUUCUUUAACUGAUCAUUUAUAUGCUGAUCUAAAUGAAUUGUCAUCUUUCUGCACAGUAUUCUGUUUAUUAUGUUCAACAAACCCAUGAUUUUGAUGAUCGUUUAUCUAUACUUAUUGGUAAAAAUCUUUCAAAAACUAUUGAUAAAUAUGAUCUUCUUUUAAAUGAUAUUGGAGAUUGUGUUGGUUUUUUCCUAUAUCUUGAAUAUAAUGAAAAAGGUGUGUUUUUAAUAAAUAUUCAUUAAGCAUUUCCACAUAAUUUAUUUGAUUUUCAAUUAAGAUUAACACAAAUGAAAAAAUUUCUUUUUUUAAUUGAUGAAUAACAAUUAAACAAUAAUCUUCUAAAUAAACGUUCAUUUAUUCUUUGAGAAGAUUUUCAUGUUGAAUAUGAUAAUAAUCCUAUUUAUCAUUUAUUAGAAAAACAAUUUCAAUCAUCUUAUUUUAGUAUCCAUGAAAAAAGGAAUAAAAAGUAAUUCAUUUAACAGAUCGACAUGAACAGUUAGAUGAAAAUUUUGUUUUUUAUCUAUCAAAUAUUGUUCAAUCUAUUUCAAGUCAGUUAACUCCUCAUGGUUCUAAUGAACAAAUAUGGAAUUGUUCAACUGGUUGUAUAUUAAGUGAUGAUCGAGAUAUUUUUACUACAUUCCAAUAUAAAGAUAAUUUAGAGACAAAAGAUGAUUUAUGAUUAUUUUACUGUAUUUAUAAUGUAAUCUUGUAUUUUAUUUUCAAAAUAUUGAAAAGUCUCUUUAAUCAUAAUUUAUACACAAAUUCUUUCCAAUCAGAUAGAUGAAGUGGUAAAUUUAAGUCUAAAAUAAAUGUAUAAAUUAAUUGAAAGAACAAUCAUAAAAGAUGCACAUGUGCAGAGCAUUCUUUUUAUAAUGCGAAACUUCGAAAAAUAAUAUAUUGUCGUUCUACAUUUCGUAUCGAUGAAUUUAUUUCAAUAAAAUAUACUGUCGACACCUACCGACAACUAUUUCUUAAUCAAAUCAGACGAUUUUCUGAUUGAUUUAAAGAUAAUAAAGACAAAAAAUAAGAUAUAAGAUAUACGCUCAUUCUAUUUACAACGUAUUUUACCUUUCAAUUCGGUUUAGUAAUGUCUCAAUCAAAUCCAAUGACAUCUGCUGAAGUAGAACCAGAGAUGUCCAUCGCGACGCUGCCGCGGUAGCGGCGACGGCAGUUUUUCUAAAAGCCGUCGCGGCAGCGGCAGCAUUUUUUUUCGAGGACAUUGAAAAACUCAAUGAAUUUGAUAGAAUUUCAUUGUUUACAAAUGAAACACCCUGAGACUGAAUGAAUCUGAUGGACUAGUACCAAUAUUUCUGGCCCAAUACGGUCACAGCAGUGAAAUUCGAAACAUUUUUUUGAAAACCAUCGCGGCAGCAGCGCGACAGCUUUUUUUUAUAAGUCAUCGCGGCGCGGCAGGUUUUCAGCCGCGAUGGACAUCUCUGAGUAGAACCACCGGCUAAACGUUCUCGUAUUGAAGUACGAUCAUUUAAAAUCAUAAGAGCAUUUUUCUAUUUUUAAUUUUAGUCUUCAUCAACUGAUAAACCCACAAUUGAUGAUCAAAGUUUCCAAUGUCGUAACAACCGGAUCAUUUUUAGCGGUAAACCGCGGUUUACCAGCUAGGAGCCGGUAAAUCGAACAAAACCGGCGGUUUACCGCGGUAAACCGGAAAAAAGUAGCGAUAAACCG